CAUAUUGAGUUUUUCUCACAAUUGUGUGAUGUGGGAGGGAAUCUGUCAAUAUCAUAUGACAGAUGUUUUGUUUGUUAUUAUCUCACUUUCUUAGAAAUACUCCUCGUAUCGUAGGUUGACGUUCAAUAAGGACUUUAAACUUUUAUUUUAUACCCAAAUAGUACAUCGUUUAUUUGAUACGUGAUAAUAAAAAAAUACAAUGAAUAUUGAAGAAUCAUUUAUUGUACUCGAUGAAACUCCAUCCAUGUUGCAGUAUAGUGUUUUGGAUAGCGUGGAUAUUGUUGAGGAUCUAAAACAUAAGUUUCAUGAAACAUCUACAAAACCAAAUCAUACAUCAAAAAAUGAUUCAUGCAAAUCAUCUCUAUCACAUGAAACACCACCACCACCAAAAACAUCAACAUUGGCUCAGCUCUUUCUUUUAGGUGACAUCGAUUGUGAUAAGAUAAAGAGUUACUUACCAAGCCUUGGCAUUAUUAAUUCAAAUCAAAAAGAAGAAGUAAAAAAAUUGGAAAAUCUUAUCAAAGAGCGCAAUGAUUUGAAAGAUGCUCUAAAACGCACAAAUGCAACAAUGAAAGAACAGCAUUCUAUUGUUAACAAUUGGCAGAAUGAUGUGAAAAUUUUGAAAGAAAAUCAUGAGAAAGAACUGAACAAAUUUAGGAAUAUAAAUGAUGAAUUAUUUCAGCAAAAUUACGAUCUGCAGACAAAAGUAGCUGAAUUAGCAGAGGUAGCUGCUGAUUUGAGUUGCAAGACGUGUAUACAAAGUGAAAAAGAACAAUGUUCCUCAGGAAAGAAAGAACGAUUUGAAGAGCAGACACGAAAAGAGG